CUGGGCCCCGCCCUUUGACUCACCUCGCUCAAAUGUAUUUUUUGUGUUUCUGGUUUGUUUAUGACGCGGUUCACUGGCUCCGUUAGCUUGACAGCUGACCACAUAUAUGCUGUUGUAAAAACGCGCUUUUUGGUGCUUUUAUAUGAGAUACUGUGCUGUGAACGAGACAGAUUUAUAAGAGGGUAGAAGUAGGCGUUGGUCAGCCGUGCGACCAGAUUACAUUUGUUAGCCUAGCAUUUUGGCUAGCAUACUGUAACGUUAUGACGUGACGUUGGACAGGAAAGUGGUUGACGACGCUUGGGCCAAGUCUUUUAAAUUAUAAUACAAACAUAGAGAAGACACGUGCAUGUGUGUAACACUUUUAUUCGCAGGUUAGGCUUUUAGACAGCUGCCUGGCGACUAUAUUUGACUAGCUAGUGAGCUAAAUUUAUGUUAGCAUGGCGUCAGAUACAAGUGACACCGAGGAAUUCUAUGAUGCUCCUGAGGACGUUCAUUUCACUCCAUCUCCCAAAGUGUCACCUGCAAAGUUUGUCAUUCCUUCACCCAAGCUUUCACAGAGAUCAGUAGACGCUGCACAUGAUGUGAGUUGCGGAGCGGCUGCAUCUGAGACUCAGCAAGAUGAUUCCCUACUGAUCAUUGAUAGCAUCAUUGAGGAGAGUCAAAAGGUUAGUGUUGGCGAAGUUGGUGAGGUGGCUCAGCUGUUAGAUGAGUUUCAUGUUGAACAGGAGCCAAAGGAAGAGAAUAAUGCUCAGGAAGUUCCUGUGGAGAUAGCAGCACCGGCUGUCGGACCUCAGCUUGUCGAGAGGCCAGAGGAACAACAGGAAAGUGCAGCAACAAACGGAGCAUGCUCUAUUCCUGAACCCCCAGAUAUCCCAGGGUCAUCAGUUUGCCCACAAGAAGGUGUUCAGCACCCAGACAUCACCAGCACUGUAGGACUGAGUCACCCUGGUGGGGCUGUGAUGCUUGCAGACGGGGAGCAGGAGCAGAGACCUGCAGAUAUCUUAGACCAGGUCCCAUUCACAGACGGGCCGACUGACUCGGAUUCCUCUGGGCCUUUGAAACCUCCACGGCAAUUCACAGUGGAACCUGACAUUGUAGCAAGCACCAAGAAGCCUCCUCCCUCACGCCCACCCCCUCCCAGCGGAGGACCUCCACCGAGGCCGCCUCCACCGUCUUGGCAGACUUUACCUUCCAAGAAGUCUCAGGAGUGUCUGAGGCCAAUUGGACUGGAAGUGUCUGCAGUCAGCUGCGAUGUUCUGGAGCCCUCCGGCCUGGUGUCUCCGAGCAGCACAGUGAGGAGUCUAACCAAAGAGCUGCAGCAUUCCUUAGAUCUGGCUAGUGCCACUAGUGGGGAGAAAGUGGUGACAGCACAGGAAAAUGAAGAUGGACAGGCCUCAUCUGAGUGUGGAGGUCAGACUGCAGGCUCGCAGCGUCCACGUUCCAACUCUGGUAGAGAACUGACAGAUGAAGAAAUCCUUGCCAGUGUGAUGAUCAAGAAUUUGGACACUGGGGAAGAGAUCCCUCUAAUCCAGGCAGAAGAGAAACUUCCUGCAGGGAUUAACCCCCUCACUCUGCACAUCAUGAGGAGGACCAAGGAGUACAUUACGAAUGAUGCAGCACAGUCAGAUGACGAUGACAAGGCUCAGGCUCCGCUCGCAGACACAGAUGGAGGAAAACUUAAACAGAAAACAACCCAGUUUAAAAAGUUCCUGGGCAAGUCUGUGAAGAAGGCCAAGCAUCUCGCGGAGGAAUAUGGAGAGAAGGCAGUCAACAAAGUGAAAAGUGUGCGUGAUGAAGUGUUCCAUACAGAUCAGGAUGAUCCGUCAUCGAGUGACGACGAGGGCAUGCCUUACACCAGGCCGGCCAAGUUCAAGGCAGCACACAGCUUCAAGGGUCCCUUUGACUUUGACCAGAUUAAGGUUGUGCAGGACCUGAGUGGAGAGCACACGGGGGCCGUUUGGACGAUGAAGUUCUCUCACUGUGGGAGGCUGCUGGCGACAGCAGGCCAAGAUAACGUGGUUCGCAUCUGGGUCUUAAAGACUGCAUUUGACUACUUUAAUAAUAUGAGAUUAAAGUACAACACUGAAGGUCGAGUUUCACCAUCUCCUUCUCAGGAAAGUUUAUGCUCCUCUAAAUCUGACGAUCACGGGGCAAGUUGUGCUCCAGAGGACCCGGACACAGAAGAUAGAAACGCCCCCUUCCGUCAAAUCCCCUUCUGCAAGUAUAAAGGACAUACGGCUGAUCUAUUGGACUUGUCCUGGUCAAAGAACUUCUUCCUCCUCUCCUCUUCCAUGGAUAAAACAGUCAGAUUGUGGCACAUAUCGAGGAGAGAGUGUCUCUGCUGCUUCCAGCACAUUGAUUUCGUCACAGCCAUUGCUUUCCAUCCCAGAGAUGACCGAUACUUUUUAAGUGGCUCUCUUGAUGGAAAGCUACGGCUCUGGAACAUUCCUGACAAGAAGGUGGCGCUGUGGAACGAGGUGGACGGCCAAACACGCCUCAUCACGGCAGCUAACUUCUGCCAAAAUGGGAAGUAUGCCGUCAUCGGCACCUACGAUGGCCGAUGCAUCUUCUAUGACACAGAGCGUCUGAAAUACCACACUCAAAUUCAUGUGAGGUCCACCAGAGGCAGGAACAAAGUUGGACGCAAAAUCACCGGCAUUGAACCUCUACCUGGAGAGAAUAAGAUUUUGGUGACCUCAAAUGAUUCCCGCAUUCGCCUUUAUGACCUGAGGGACUUGUCUUUAUCUAUGAAAUACAAAGGUUAUGUCAACAGCAGCAGCCAGAUCAAGGCGAGCUUCAGUCAUGACUAUUCCUUCAUAGUCAGUGGCUCAGAGGAUAAGUACGUGUACAUCUGGAGCACUUACCACGACCUGAGCAAAUUCACAUCCGUACGACGGGACCGCAAUGACUUCUGGGAAGGAAUUAAAGCACACAAUGCAGUGGUGACCUCAGCGAUUUUUGCACCGCACCCAGGCCUUAUUGUUCCGUCAGAACCUGGCGCAGACAAACCAGAAGCAGAGUGUAAGAGCCUGGACUCCACAGACUCCGAAACGAUACCCUCAGGAGCCCUAAAGACGGAUCACACGGAGGUUCUACUCUCUGCUGACUUCACUGGAGCCAUCAAGGUUUUCAUCAACGUAAAAAAGUACUGAGCACCGCAGAGGCUGUCAGCUCCUCUCACUCAGGCCUGUCUGUUGGCAGUCGGUCCUAAAGACGAAGAACAGGACAUCACCCAACUACCUAGUGGUUAAUGCUCUGAGACAGAGAGCCGUCUGUAGCCUUCUUUUGUGAGAACAGGGACCCUAAAAUUGAAGAUGAGGGAAUGGACUGUUCAAUACAGACGACGAUUUUUUAUCUUGAAUACCAAACAACUGUGAAUGGUUUGGCAUUGAGAAAAAAAAAAAAAGAGCCAGAAAUGCCAAGCGUGUGUGGUCUGUUCAGAUAUGUAUGUUUUAAUUUACAGAUGUAUAGUCCAGUGGAGUAUCGCAAGAAGGCCAUUUGUAACAGAAUGGGCACCUUACUAAUGUCUUUUGCUCCCACAUUUUAGACACUGUCCUAAUGUCAGUCACAAAUUUUAAUGUGUCUUAUGUAAAGAGAUGUAAUAAUUUCUUUAAAGCAAGGGGGUUUGAAAUGA